UAGGGUUGUGCUAUCUAUUCUCCGUCGAAAACCCUAGUUCUAAAACCUUCGAAACCUAGUCGUACUCUUUACAGGCGAUAAUGGUGAGGGCUAGCGUCUUAAACGAUUGUCUUAAGAGCAUGAGUAAUGCAGAGAAACGAGGGAAACGCCAAGUCAUGAUAAAACCCUCUUCUAAAGUGAUCAUUAAGUUUCUCACUGUGAUGCAAAAGCAUGGUUACAUUGCAGAGUUUGAAUAUGUGGAUGAUCACAGAUCCGGUAAGAUUGUGGUUGAGCUUAAUGGAAGGCUUAACAACUGCGGUGUUAUUAGUCCUCGAUAUGAUGUUGUCGUCACGGAAAUCGAAGGUUGGACUGCUAAAUUACUCCCUUCAAGACAGUUUGGGUACAUUGUCCUGACAACAUCAGCUGGAAUCAUGGACCAUGAAGAGGCUAGGAAGAAAAAUGUUGGGGGUAAAGUGCUUGGUUUUUUCUACUAAGGGAUUUUUAUGAAUUUGUUUUUUACUUAUUACUCUUUUGGUGUUUUCUUGUUGAUUUUUUUGAUUGGUUUUACUUAUUGUUACUCUUUUGGCGUCAAGAACCUUGUUACUCUGUUGCUUAUUAAUUAUUACUCAUUUGGCGUCAAGAACCUUGUUUUUAACUUAUUAUUACUGUUUUUGUUUCAAAAA